UUUGCCCCGUCCUCUCUCAUCCUCCAGGGUUUCCUCGCUCCGGGAGAGAUCGAUCCAUUAAACAGGAGAUUUUCUACAGUCCCCAAACCAGACGUGGUUGUUCAGGUGUGCAUCCUGGCAGAGACUGAGGAGAUCCAUGAUAUCCUUAAGGCACACGGUAUACAGGUGGAGACGAUGGCCAGUGUGAACCCCAUCAGAGUUCAGCCCGCCCGGAUCCUGAGCCACAUAUAUGCCAGGCUGGGACGCAAUAAAAAGAUGCACCUGACCGGGAGGCCGUACAGAAAUAUGGGCGUCUUGGGAACCUCCAAACUGUACAGCAUUCGACAGAACAUCUUCGCAUUUACUCCCCAGUUUAUAGAUCAGCAACAAUUUUAUCUAGCCCUGGAUAACCGGAUGAUCGUAGAAAUGUUACGGACCGACUUGUCCUACUUGUGCAGAAGAUGGAGGAUGACCGGGCGGCCAACCGUCACCUUUCCCGUGUCUCAAACCAUGCUAGAUGAGUCUGGAAACGACUUGGAUCCGGCCGUGUUAGCUACUCUCAGGAAACUCCAGGAUGGAUACUUUGGGGGUGCCAGGACACAGACUGGGGGCUUGUCUGACUUCCUUACCACAUCCUGCUGCAAACACCUUAGCUUCAUGGACACCGGUAUGGAGGAAGACUCCGAGGAUGAGGUGGCUCAGUAUCUCAGCCAUCUUUUGAGCACCAGCACGUCCAAACCGUCACCUGCCACGCAGAAAGGGGGUCUGAAUCGCUUCAAAGCGGCCAUUCACAGCACUCGGGACCUCAUAUCCCUUCGCACAAAGGCCAGAAGUCUCAAUGUGCAGGAUGUACACAUGUAUCUGCCUAGCAACCUGUUAAAGUCAUCCCAGCCCUCCUUCGACUUGUUGGAUUAUGCCCCCCAACAGCAGCACGACAGCAAGAUUCCAGCUCUCCAUGAAGUGAUGGAGCUUCCGGAGGAUCCAUCAGGACAGACGGACUUUGCUGCCGUGGUGGACAUUUUACGGGAAACCUCCAAUGUCCAGGAGCAAGCCAACAUUCUGUACCUCCUGUAUACCAUGAAGGGACUGGAUUGGGACACACAGAUGUACGGUCAGCCCGGUGUCACGGUGAAGGACUUGUUGGUUGACCUGUAUGGUAAAGUCGGAUCUUCUCGUCAAUGGUCUCUAAUUCGCUUCAUUGCUGGGAUCCUGAAGAAGAAAGUGGAAGCUCUGGAUGAGGCCUGCACGGAUCUUUUGUCCCACCAGAAACAACUGACGGUUGGGUUGCCUCCUGAGCCACGAGAGAAGACCAUUACUGCGCCGUUGCCGUACGACAAGCUGAUCCGGUUAAUUGAUGAUGCCAGCGAGCAGAAUAUGAGCAUCUCCAUCCUCACACAGGAAAUCAUGGUGUACCUGGCGAUGUAUAUGAGGACCCAGCCGUCUCUCUUUGCCGAGAUGUUCCGUUUAAGAAUUGGGCUCAUCAUCCAGGUGAUGGCCACAGAACUGUCCCACUCCCUGCAGUGCUCAGCUGAGGAGGCCACCGAGAGCCUCAUGAACCUUAGCCCUUCGGACAUGAAGAGCCUUCUUCACCACAUCCUAAGUGGAAAGGAGUUUGGAGUGGAGAGAAGCGUGCGGUCCAUGGACACGAUGGCCAGUCCGGCCAUUUCCAUCCGCGAGCUGGGGGCCGUCGGAGCGACGAAGAGCGAGAGGGCGGGAAUCACGCGGCUCAAAAGUGACAUCAAAGUGGAUGUGGAUCUCCUGGCAGCCACCUCAUUGAGACGCAGCGACACUCUCUCUGUACCCGGUGAUGUCUUCACCUCUUCCGAUGACGAUAGUGCCUACGAUAGCCGACAGGGGCAGUGGCUCCGCAGAAGGAGGCUGGAUGGGGCUUUGAACAGGGUGCCAGUUGGCUUCUACCAGAAGGUUUGGUCAAUUUUGCAAAAGUGCCAUGGAUUGUCCGUGGAAGGGUUUGUCCUGCCUUCUUCUAGCACACGAGAGAUGACGCCCGGCGAGCUGAAAUUUUCCGCCAAUGUGGAAUCCGUCUUAAACCGCGUGCCUCAGCCAGAGUACCGGCAGCUGUUGGUGGAGGCCAUCUUGGUCCUCACCAUGUUUGCUGAGGUGGAUAUAAAGAGCGUGGGGGGAAUCAUCCAUGUGGAGAAGAUUGUUCGCAUUGCUAAUGAGCUUUUCUGUCAAGAGCAGAAAGCUCUCGGCGCAGAUGACGAAAUGUUAAAAGUCGACCCCGGAACUGGAAUCUGCUGCUUGCUGUACGACAGCGCCCCCAGUGGCCGCUUUGGCACAAUGACCUACCUCUCCAAAUCGGUGGCUCUCACCUUGCAGGACUCCCUGCCGCACAGCGGCUGCGCCAUGCAAUGAUGGAGGGGACGGCUCCUCCCCCACGAGAUGCACUUUGCCGGAGUCGCCCGUACGCCUGGUC